AUGGAACAACAACAAAAUUGUGUUUUAGUGGAUAAAUUUGCAAUCUUUGUACAGAUCCUCUUGGCCGCUAUCGCGUUUUCCACACUUAUUUAUAAGAGACACAGAGAACGACCACAGAGACCAUUAUCCAUAUGGGCUUACGAUGUCAGCAAACAAAUAAUUGGUGCUAUCAUGAUACAUGGCUUAAAUAUUCUAGCCUCGUAUAUUCCAGGCUUUUCCAAGGAAGGAUUAGACACAAAUCCUUUAGAUUGUACAGUAGGUGUAUUCUUGUUGUACCUUAUUUUUAAGGCUGUACAAUCUCUAGUGAUUUCUGUCGGAAUUGAUGGCAUGAAAAGCGGAGAUUAUGGUCAGCCACCUAAAGUGAAAUGGUGGUUACAACAGACUAAAUUGGAGGGAAUGAAACUCGAAGAUGGGAAUAAUUCUAGAGAUGAGGGCGAAGUAUUUUUACCGGUAGAUAUUAGUGACGAUGAAAUGAAUUAUGAGAAUUUACCUUCUUACCUGAAGGGUAGUAAUGUCAGUCUCUAUUCUAAUAUCAGCGCUAGCGCAUCUUUACUUAGGGAAACAUUUUCAAACUCAUUUCGCGACGAAGACAAAAGUGACAAUGAUUCGUACAUUGAGCUACUACGAAGGACAACACCUACAUAA